CUUCAAAGAUCGCGAUGCGCUUGUGCUUGAACGAGACGACCGCGACGACGCCGGCGAUCCUCGCUGCGCUCCAAGACGCGGGCCUCCAUGAGAUCAACCUCGACGACUACGACCGCGUCGUCCUCGGCCGCGAGAUGUUCCUCAACGCGCUCGCCAGCAUCGCGCCCCAUCCGAGCAUUGACCUCUCGUACAUCAGCCGCGCCCACUGCACGCUGGAGCGCGCCGGCCACAUGACGCGACUCGUGACGGACCUGAGCUACAAUGGCACGCGUCUCAAUGGCAUCCGUCUCGGUGCGUGGACAAGCCGGCGAUCCAUGUGCCUUGUCGUUGGCACCUCAUGCAACGCGUCGCCGAGCUAG